CCGGGAGGAGGAGGAGGGGGGCGGGCAGCGGCCACCGGGGACGUUAGUGCUUGAGCCGGCUGCGGCUCGCCGGCUCGGUGCGGUCAGCAGCAGAGCCUGGGACCACUGCCCGGGCCUCCAGCCUCUGCCGUCUCCUCGCCCGUGAGGAUGACAGCUGCACCUCCCGAGGGACACGCCUGAUCUUGUAGCUGCUGUAGGUUAGCUGCUGUCACUGUGUGAUUAAAUGGAGGGUCGUUUUGGGAGAAGUGAAUUAACCCUGAAUCCUCCCGAAGGAAUCGUGGCAGGCCCCAUGAAUGAAGAGAAUUUUUUUGAAUGGGAGGCAUUGAUCAUGGGCCCGGAAGACACCUGCUUUGAGUUUGGUGUUUUUCCUGCCAUCCUCAGUUUCCCACUUGACUACCCACUGAGUCCUCCGAAGAUGAGAUUCACCUGUGAGAUGUUCCAUCCCAACAUCUACCCUGAUGGGAGAGUCUGCAUCUCCAUCCUGCAUGCUCCUGGUGAUGACCCCAUGGGCUACGAGAGUAGUGCUGAGAGAUGGAGCCCCGUGCAGAGCGUGGAGAAGAUCCUGCUGUCGGUGGUGAGCAUGCUUGCAGAGCCCAACGACGAAAGCGGAGCCAACGUGGAUGCUUCCAAGAUGUGGCGGGAUGACCGCGAGCGCUUUUACAAGAUCGCCAAGCAGACCGUGCAGAAGUCUCUGGGGCUCUGAGACUGCCCAUGCCCGCCCACAGAUGCGCACACUGCGGAGCAGUCCAGAACUCUCCUCCAGAGCAUUCAGUGACGGUGCUGCCCUGUGCUGCACCAAGACAGGCCCACCCGCAGAGACACAGCACCUGUCGUUUCCUCCCUUUUCACCCAAACACGCUUCUCUUCUGAAAUGUGACUCGUGUAAAUAAUGACAGCUUACUGCAGUUUUAAAGUAUUCCUCCUCGCAGGGUUUCAGGUAGGUCGUCCAAGCUGUCAUCACUACCUCUCCCAGCCAUGGCCUGGUUCAUGGCUUCUUUCAGCAGCAUGGCCUGUGGCUCCUCUCCCUGGAGCACUGAGGACCGCACAGGCCAGCCCUCCCAUGGAUGGUUGGCUUCCAGCAGUGCUCCUUCUGAAGACUUGGGGCCACGUGUAAAAGCAGCGGGAAGGGGCUGCACACUCUUUGCUGGCCCUUUUGUUCCCUACUUCCAGUUCCCAUGUGCCCCGUGAGGCAUUCAUAACUUCUCAUUUCAUGUCUUAUGAUCAGAGCUUGUUCUUACAGCGUGGUUACAGCAUCACCCCGAGAUGCAUUGUUGGGAAAUGUUGAUAAAUGGGUUAUUGAGAACCGGGGACAUAGAACGGAAGGUUAUUGCUGGCCAUCAAGACUAGUGCUUCUCCUGGCCGCAUUUUAGGGGAUUGUGUCCAUGGCCACACUAUUGCUCCCUCCCUAGAGCAGGCAGGGAGAUCAUUACGGUUUUAGUGAGCCUGCAAGAGUUCUUUUUCCAUCUGAAAACUGGGAAGCCCUCAGGUUCUGUAGUGUACGUCGUGGUUGCACCAGGAAUUGAACACAAAGUCAUUCUUCACCAUGGAGGGAUCUGCUGUUAGUUACUCAGAGCAGAGAGGUGUGCCUUACCUUACCUUGAACUGGGCCCUGCUCCCCAGAUGCAGGGAGCACUUUUCAUGCUGUGACUUUGAUGCAGUCUGGGUGUCUCCAUCAGCAGACCAGCUGAGCAGCAGCCACCCAGAGCACAUCACAGCAAUAACAGCUCUGUUGCAUGCUGAAGCAGACACUUGGCCUGCUCCAAACACAAAUUAAACAAAUGGCUCUGUUUUUAAAAAUAAAGGACAGUGUGAGACAGGCGAUGGAUUUCACUUCACAUUGUCCUUCUCCUUCCCUUUGUGGAUGUGUCCAGUGGACAGUCACCUUUCACUGAAACCUCCCAUUUCAUGCUGUUAACAACUCCGGGUCCAGGCUCCAUGUUCAGCUCCUGUGGAAACCACUUCUUUCUUCUUGGAAGGGAGGAGUUUAAAAUUUGAAGUUCAGUAUGAAGACUUGUAUUUGGGAGGGUGGAGAAGGAGAGGUGUUGCACCUGAAUAGUAUUUGCAGGCACAAAUGAGUGUGUCCCUCUCCACAGAGUGACAAGAAGUGGUCUGUGGGGUAGAUGGCCAUGCCUGCAGGCUGGCUGCAGGGGGCGUGGUUUUCCAUAGGCUUCCAUGGGAGAUGGGGGAGGAGAGGCAGUCUCUUUACAAAACAAAAGUAUUUUUAUUCCACUUGUAUUUAUUAAAUGAAAAACAAGAGAACCCUAUGGCGUCCCUCUUCUGUAGUAGAAUUUAAUUACUGUGAUAAAAAUAAAGUUCUAUAUU